AUGCGAAGCCUGUGCAGACUCAAGCUUGGUGAGCCUGCUGGCCGAGUCACUACCACAGAUGCGGAUCUCGAAGAUGGAGAGCUCAUCAUCGUGGAAGACCCACCUACGCAGAAGCCCCCCAAGACUGGCGGCAAGCGCAAGUACGAUGCAGGUCGUGGAGAUGACAGCGCAACAAGCGCACCUGAUCGUCAGCCAGCGCCUUCAAAGAAGCGAAAGACGGCGGACGCACAAACGAAGAAGCCAAAGCCUGCGAGUCCGAAAUAUACCAAGGCCGAGACCACUCCACACGCUCGAGGAGAGAAGCGACCAGGAGGCUGUCCGGAUGAGAUACAGGUCAUGGAAGCCUACCGCAGUUCCCUUGCAGCCAGCGGUCGGGGCUGGGAUCCGAUCAAGAACGACCAGAUGAAGGCGCUCCUCCUCCAUUAUCACGGCAUAACGUUCUCAGCAAACCGCGUGAACAGGGCCCCACUCCUCGCGAUCCUCGAGCCACUUUGCAAGGACCACUGCCAAAAGCAAGACGAGGCUGACCGAGAACGACGGCGGAGAAACGAUGAACUCAAGGAAGCUGCUCGUCGGAAGGACCCAAAUUACGUCUCUCGGGAUAUGGUUAACAGCCUGAAAAGCGCCAAGAAACGGUGA